AUGGCCUCCUCCCGCGUCUUCGCUUCUCGCCUGGCUUCCGCCAUGGCCCCCACCACCCGGGUCGCUGCUCGCCCUGCUGUGCGUGCUGCUGUUCCCAAGCGUACCUUCACCGACGCUCGCGCUGCCUUCCGUCCUCAGCCCCUCCAGACCAUGAAGCGUCAGCAACCGUCCACUCUCCUCCAGGCCAACGCUCGUCAGGUCUUCGCCAACUACCAGUCUCGCCGCCAGUACUCCUCUGAGAUCGCCCAGGCUAUGGUCGCCGUCUCCCAGAACGUCGGUAUGGGUUCGGCCGCCAUUGGUCUCGGUGGUGCCGGUAUCGGUAUCGGUCUCGUCUUCGCCGCUCUCCUCCUGAGUGUUUCCCGCAACCCUGCCCUGCGUGGUCAGCUCUUCACAUACGCCAUUCUGGGUUUCGCUUUCGUCGAAGCCAUGGGUCUGUUCGACCUGAUGGUUGCCAUGAUGUGCAAGUACGUCUAA